AUAGCGCCUUUCUUUCCUCGUCUUCACUUUCCAACACCUUCUUCGCUCACUGCUCUAUCUCAACUUCACCAAACAUACCGCUCUCGAUCCACCUCUUACCAACAUGCCCGCACCUGCUCCUCAUAUCAAUCCUGCCAGCUUUAACCACAAGUUUGCAACAACUUGCGGAUUCAAUUACCACUAUGUCGAGGAGGGCGACCCCAACGGCGAACCAUUGCUUCUCGUUCACGGCUUCCCGGAUCUGUGGUAUGGCUGGAGACAUCAGAUCAAGUACCUGGCCAGCCUCGGCUACCGUGUCAUUGUCCCCGACUGCCUGGGCUACGGUCAAACGGAAUCGCCUAUGGAACUACAAAAUUACGGCUUGAAAAGCGUUUGUGCUCAGCUCGCCGGUCUUCUGGACGCCCUUGAUAUUUCUGAGGUUACUGUGAUCGGACACGACUGGGGUGGAGCUAUGGUCUGGAGAUUCGGCAUCUACUAUCCCAACCGCGUUAAAGGGAUCAUCAGCAUUUGUACCCCAUAUCAUCCUCCUAAGACGGAGUUUCGUUCCUUGGAAGAUACCGUGAAGGCAAUCCCUGAAUUUGAGUAUCAGUUGGCGCUCGCUGACCCAGAUACCACUCCUAAAUUGGAUGCUGAGCCCGAUGUGAUGUUGCGCAGGGUCAUUGGUCAGGGAAAUGUGCACGAGAAGGACCUCGAGUACUACAUCGAUCAGUACAAACUGUCUGGCUUCCGAGGACCACUCAACUACUAUAAGACGACCAGAGUCAACUUUGAUGAUGAGAUUAGUUACCCGUCAACCAUUGACGUGCCCUGUUGGCUAAUCCAAGCCUUGAACGACCCGUACUUGAGACCUUAUUUGGCCGACCAAAUGAAGGACCAUCUGCCUCAGCUCAAGGUCACGCAGAUCGAGGCCGCACAUUUUGCCAUGGCCGAGAAGCCCGACGAAAUCAACCUUGCCCUCAAACACUGCCUGGAAGAUCUUGCUCAAAGGCGCAAUACUUCUUCGUAAAAUUUAGUCUACAUUCUUGAACGUUUUAGACAUGAUAGACGGCAUAGAAUAAAUAGAAUGCGUGCU